UAUGCUGUAUAUAUAUAUAUGGCUAUAUACACUCUGUACAUACAAAUAUAAUUUUUAACUAUUUUCUCUACAAUACAUCAAGUAUUCAGUUUGUAACAAGCAAUGUACUAAUUACAAAAUUAGCAACAUAAUUAGGUAAUAACAUGCAGUUAUUACCUAACGUACCGAUUCGACGUAACAACAUGAACAGAUAAUCGUAUGGUUAUCUUAUUAUCUUAUUGCCGGUUGUUGCUUUAUUGGCUAAUUACGAAAAUUAACACUUUGAGCGGCACACGCGAAUAUUUUUCCCUAACAUUAAUUUCCUUUUAGUUUUCUGCUAAUAAUAUCUUGCUUGUAUUUUUUUUACCAGGAUUGCAGACGUGCCGAAGUAAUGGAUCAUUGCGCGUUGAAUACGUCCGAUUUACACACAUUGUUGCAAGACACUUUAUUAAUCACGGAGAAAGUGAAAGAGAUGUUAAAGAGAGAUUGCGACGAAGCAAUGUUCGUUUUAAAGCCGUGGCAGACGAAGAUCGUCGUUGAAAAACAAGCGGAUGAGAGUAUUUGUAACUGCAAGAAAAUCACAAGUGAAAACGAAGCUGAGGAAAUUGCCGUGGGGAUAAGCAGAACGAUAAUUCUGGCGCAAGAGCUGCGGGAAAAAUUGAAGCUUAACGCAACAACGAAAAAAAGACCUACGAGAAAAGAGACGCUUGAAAGUAUCUAUUUAUCCAAUCCUACGUCAACUAGCGAUCGUAAGAAAUUAUCGGGAAGCAAUGUUGCAACGCAAAAACCGAGCGCUACGAAAAGUCCCGCUUGUAAGAAAGCAAGUGUAUCUCAAACUGAUAAAGUACCCUCUGCUGCGACGAGAUCGCCUAAACUGGCCAGCAGUACAAGACAGAGCAACGUAACUAAUAAAGUACAAUCAAGUAAAUUGCCCAAAGGAGUUACAGUAAAAUCGAAAAAAGGAAAGAACUUUAUUCUGGAGAAUAAAUUGAACGUCAAAAGAAUAAGUUCGGGAAAUAAGCUACAGGUUGACGAUGGUGGUUCUCAUGGUACUCCGCGAGAUGUAUGUAACACAACGACGGCGAGGAAGGCUCUUGAAUCGCCGACCACGUCAGCUGCUAAAUUGAACGAUUUGAUACAUAAAACGCAUCAGUCUAUCGACAGCGCGUUAAUUCCUUCUGCUGACAAUACUAAAGAUAAUUGUCCUGUACAUGGGCAUAAUUUAUGUCGAUCCGUUGAAGAGCAGAUUGUAAUGAUAGAUGUGGUGGAAGCGCUUCAGCAUUUUACUGUACCUAAUGAAAUUGUCAAAGUAUUGAGAACAUAUUACGCGUUUUUAAAAAAUGAAGAGGCCACCUUGGGUGAUAAGAAGAAGAGAAAUAAAUCAGUUGAUGCUUUUCUAAAGGCAUUUAACGCAACGGAUGUAGCUACGCAAGGUUGUUCAUCACAAGAGUCUCAGUUGCUAAAAGCAGCGGCAGAUUCAGUAUCUGCGUUCAGUAAUAUUUUCGAAGAAGACUUGCAGCCAACGGAACUCAGUCGCAUAAGAAACACUUUCACCGACUUAGCGGUUGUUUUGAAAUCGUAUAAUCUUGAAGACAUUGCAAGACCGAUUACUGAAAGACCGUUUUGUAAUAUUUCUUUGACAAGAGGAUGGAUGUUGAACGGCAUUUGGAAUGCUUCCUGUGCGGAACAGCUUAAAAGUUUUUCAAAAUCGUACAAUGUAAGGUACAGUAACAAAAGACAGUUACUGACGCUGUACGAGGCGAUGCAGAAAUUCCAGCGCACGGAGUACUUGAAUGCAUUGAUACAGAUUAUUUUACGCGAUGUAGUACCAGCUAUCAAGUCUAAUAUCGAUCCUACAAGUGCGGAAUAUAUACAGGCGUACAAAACAAUGUACAUUUUGCAUCAAGGCUUAAAUCCUAACAUCCCGGUCUUAGUAAGAACGGAUAACUAAGUUCCUGCGACAUAUAUCCUAUGUUACUAUAGUAACCAUUGUAUGUGUAUCUAAUAAAGAUACCUGCUUCUUUGC